UGUCGCCGUGACGUCACUCGCAAGGCUUUUAGAAGCUAGCCUUCUCUACGUCACCGGCAGGACAACUGGCUCAAAUAUACCUUUGGUCUGCAGCGCGUGGAGCCGUUAGAAGCCGGACUAUGCAAACUAAAGCGCAAAUCCUACUUCUAUCGCACGUUCGCGUCUGAAACGCCGUCUUUUCACGCGUAGCGAGGCAUGAAGCGCAAAAGCGAGCGACGGAGCGAGUCGAGGAAGAGACUCUGCGCGUCUUUGAGGGAUCAGACGGAGUCCAAGAGCGAUAUUUACCUUCGUAUCACAGAUCAGCUGUAUUUUGCUCUUCUUCAUCAGAAGGUUAAGAGCACUCCUGACAGACACUGUUUCUGCAUCGAUGAAGAGCUUUCCUAUGAGAACUUCUAUGCGGACUUUGGCCCGCUUAACCUUGCCAUGUUUUAUCGCUUCUGUUGCAAACUCAACAAAAAGCUGAAGUCUUGUGCUCUUGCAAAGAAGACAAUUGUGUUUUAUACCUGUGGUGACCGAAAGAAACAAGCCAAUGCUGCGUAUUUGAUCGGCUCUUAUGCUGUAAUGCAUCUACAGAAAACACCAGAAGAAGCGUACAGCCUUCUGGUCUCUCAAAAUGCGUCUUAUCUUCCUUUUCGAGAUGCAUCUUUUGGAGCUUGCACGUACAAUCUGAAUAUCCUUGACUGUCUGCUGGCCGUUCACAAGGCUCUGCAGUUCGGCUGGCUGGAUUUCUCAAAGUUUAAUGUGGAGGAAUAUGAACAUUAUGAGCGAGCAGAAAAUGGAGAUUUCAACUGGAUAAUUCCAGGGAAGUUUUUGGCUUUCAGCGGCCCUCAUCCAAAAAGCAAAAUUGAGAAUGGAUACCCUCUUCAUGCCCCUGAAGCGUAUUUCCCCUACUUCAGGAAGCAUAACAUCACCACCAUCAUCCGGCUCAACAAGAAAAUGUAUGAAGCCAAGCGUUUCACAGACAUGGGUUUCAAGCACCACGACCUGUUCUUUGUAGACGGCAGUACGCCCAUCGACGCCAUUGUCACCAAGUUCCUGAACAUCUGCGAGAAUGCUGACGGAGGCAUUGCUGUCCACUGCAAAGCCGGUCUGGGCCGAACCGGGACACUGAUUGGCUGUUAUAUGAUGAAACACUUCAGACUGACUGCAGCUGAAGCCAUCGCAUGGAUCAGGAUCUGCAGACCUGGUUCAAUCAUCGGACCUCAGCAGAACUUCAUCGAUGAAAAGCAGGCGAGUCUGUGGGCAGAAGGUGAUUUGUACCGGCAAAAAAUAAAUGAGCAGGAAAACGGCUCGAGUAAAACGGCAGUGGCUGGAAUCCUGUCUGGAGUGGAAGAUAUUUCCAUUAAUGGUACAAACAAGAACACCUCACAGAGGAAAACGGCCUCUGAAAUGCACACUGAGGAAGAGGAAGAGGAGUGCGGAGGACUCACACAAGGCGACAAACUGAGAGCUCUGAAGAGUAAGAGGCAGUCCAGAGCAUCCACGGGUUCAAUAUCGUUAGAAGAAAAUACAAUACAGUCCAAAUCAACAUCAAGGUCGUUAAGCUCAGAUAAAAGGAAAAGAACUCGGGCUUCUCUUGGAUCCAUCAGGGCCACUAGCCCUUUACAUUCAAGGCUCGCUAAAUCUUUAGGCAGCUUGCACGUAACGGCCUGUGAAAAGGAUCACGUGUUUUCUGACGUUAGCGCUGGCUCAGUGGCCAACAGUAAUUUCAUCAAGCAGUCGAACUUAAAGCACUUAAGCCCAGUGAACAGUCAGCCGCACGCAGCCCAGAGAUCCUCUGCUGUUUCACUGCAGCUCUGUUGCCACAGUCUGAGUUCCCUCGGCUCAUAACUCCAUCUCCAAAGCUCGAGCUCCUCUGCUGCGCUGAAAAGACCAACAUCCCUGCACUGAUAUAUCACUCGAGUCUUACUUCUUCAUGGCUUUGUCCAAGUCAUCUACUAUAAACCAUAUUCAAAGUGUUUAUUGGGAAAUCAGCAGAUGUUAAGCAUUUUUAUUUGAUCAAGAGAAAGCAAUGAAUUUAUUUUUAAAGCGUAUGUGAAGUUUGACUUUUUAUGCCAUUGUAAAUAUCAUGCCUUUGCCAUUAUGCAUUGUUACUAAAUCUGUAAUAUUGUUUUUUUUUUAAUACUGUAUCUAGUACUUUAUUAAUACUUACAGAAAUAUGACCGAAUGUGAAUCAUACUGUGCUAAUCAUGACUGUCAUAGACUAAAAGGACUGUUUUUUUAUUUUUACUGUAAAUACCGCAUACCUUUAGUUUGAUGAGCAAAUUUAAAUCAUGAUUAUUUCACGUGUGUACGUAUAUAUAUAUAUAUAUGAUAGGAAAGGAUUUGAGUCAAAUCCCUUUUAAUAAAUCCUUUC